GAUGGGAGUUAGUAGGUACGUAGACGUAGUAGUGUAGAUAUUGGCUUCCAAUAUCAAACUUCAACUUGUAUCUUCCCCCAUAAUAUCUGCCAUAUAAUAUGGUCUUGAGUUUUGACUUGGCUUGUGACUGAUUCAUAAAGGCCAGCAAAGUGUUUUUUUUUUUUUUUCAAAAAGAAAGAAUGAAAAUCAAAAUUGGAUAUGUCUUUAAUUACGUACUUCCCACAAGCUAGACCUUGAGAAGGUUCGGUAUCAUUUUGGUCAUAUAUCAAGGAAAAAAAAAAAAGGCUAGUCCAAACAUCUACUAUAUAUUAAUUCCUUCAUCGAUCGUAAGCCACAGUAAGCCAGAUAUACCACAUAUAAUAUUCUUCAACAAGCGAAAAUGGAGAAUGGAAAUUUACGGAAAGGCCACUGUUUAAUUUUACCAUACCCACUCCAAGGCCAUGUGAACCCUCUACUACAAUUCUCAAAGCGUUUGAGAUUCAAAGGAGCCCAAAUCACUCUUGUCCACACAAAAUCAUUCAUCAAUCGCAUCAAAGACUCGUCGGCGACGUCGUUGUUCCCGUCGGAGACAAUCUCCGACGGGUUCGACGAAGGAGGAGUCCAGCAAGCCGGCAACUUCCAACUCUACUUCUCGAGAUUCCAAGAGGUGGGUUCCAGAACUCUCGGAGAACUCAUCGAGAAGCUUCGGGAUUCGGGUUCUCCGGUGGACUGCGUCGUGUACGACGCGUUUCUGCCGUGGGUUCUCGACGUGGCGAAGAAGUACGGCGUCGCCGGGGCGGUUUUCUUCACUCAGUCGUGUGCCGUGGGUGAUAUUUACUACCAUGUUUGUAAAGGGGUGGUGAAGCUUCCUCUUGAUGAUCACCGGAGAUAUUAUGAGAUUCCCGGAUUGCCGGUUCUUGAGCGUUCGGACUUUCCGUCUUUCGUUACCGCGCCGGAGAUUUAUCCGGCCGCCCGUGAAAUGGUUAUAAAUCAGUUUUCUAAUGUUGACAAAGCUGAUUGGGUCCUUUUCAACACAUUAUACAAGUUGGAACAAGAGGUGAUUGACUGGAUGUCAAAACUUUGGCCAGCAAUUAGGCCAGUUGGACCUACCGUACCAUCAAUGUACUUAGACAAGAGGCUUCAAGAUGACAAUGAUUAUGGUAUGAAUAUAUUCAAACCAAUGGGUGAUACUUGCAGAAAAUGGCUUGAACAAAGAGCAAACAAAUCUGUAGUUUAUGUCUCAUUUGGAAGUUUAGCGGCGCUCAAUUCAGAAGCAAUGAAAGAAUUGGCAUGGGGAUUAAAAAUGUCAAAUAAAUAUUUUUUGUGGGUUGUAAGGUCUUCAGAGGAAUCAAAAUUACCCGAAAAUUUUGUGGAAGAGAAUUCCGAAAAAGGUUUGAUCGUGUCUUGGUGUCCCCAGUUGGAAGUUUUGUCGAACGAAUCAACUGGGUGUUUCGUCACUCAUUGUGGGUGGAAUUCGACGUUGGAGGCGUUAAGUUUAGGGGUGCCACUGGUAGCAAUGCCACAAUGGACGGACCAAACUACAAAUGCCAAAUUUGUGGAAGAUGUUUGGGAAAUAGGAAUUAAGGCAGGGGCUGAUGGGAAUGGGAUAGUUAGAAAAGAAAUGAUUGAUAAAUGCAUAAAGGAAGUCAUGGAAGGAAAGAGAGGAGAAAAAAUUAAGGAAAAUGCCAGAAAAUGGAAAGAAUGGACACUAGAGGCUGCUCACGAAGGGGGUAGUUCUGAUAAGAAUAUUGAUGAGUUUGUUUCCAAGUGCAAGUUGGGUCCUUAUCCAAAAAGUUGAUAACAUCAUAAAUUAGUAGUAAUUAUGUUAAUGAUCCAUCAAAAAAAUAGAAACUUGUUGAAAAAUCAUUGACUUGAAUGGCAAAAUUAAUAUCCAACAACUCGUGCUAUUCUUUCCUCCAUUUUUGACUUCUAAAUUCUAGUAUUAAAUUGUAUCAAAAUUUACUAAAUUACAAUUUUUUUUGGCUAUAAAUAGAGGAGGAGAUGAAAUGUAUCAGAUGCACCAAAAUAUAUAUCAAAGGCAAAAACUUUCAUUCCUUCUCCUAUUUUUCUUCAAAUAAAUUUGUUUUAAUUUUCUUUCUUUCUUCUUAAAUCUUAUAAAGUUAUAUCAUAAUAUCUAAAUUAUAAAUUGAAUCUUUAUAUUAAAGUCUCUAGUAGAGAAGUUAGAAAUAUUAUCACGAAAUAAGUUUAUUACUUCCUUCAUUCACGAAUAGACGUCGUUAGAGGAAAAAUCAAAUAUUUCAAAAUAAAUGCCGUUCUCACACUUGAGGCAUAUUUUGUCAUUUUUUUUUUCAAUAUUACCCUUACAUUGAAAAUUAUAGUGAUGUUUAAUGUAGAAUUGUAUUAGAACUCAAUUUUAUUGGGACUACAAUUGAAUUAAGAAUAAAUGAGGGUAUUAUAGUAUUUUAAACAAGAUAAUUAUUGCCUCCUUAAACUUUGUGAAAUCUCUCCAGCGACAUCUAUUUGUGAAUGGAGGGAGUAGUUACUUUUGCUUUGGAUCAUUAUAUCUAGACUUUAAUUUUUCACAACACGUUAUUAGCACGACGUCUCUGCAAUCCACAAAGGUAUAAACUUUCUUACCCAGUAUUUACAUUUCAUAUGGAUGGUUCUAUAACACCUCCUAAUUUGUAUUCAAGUUAUUUAAUUUUUUGCCAUUGAUUUAAAAGACUUGUCCUUGCUCAAGUCUUGAUUUUUAUUUUUACAAGUGGGAUGCUCUAAUAUAUCCCAAUGAGUAUACUUAUAUAAUUUAUAUUCUUGUGGGAUGAUUUGAUAUAUCCCUAAUGCAUUUAUUUUUUUUAGAUUUUUUUUACUUAUUUUGUUACCAUGUGAUGUUUUUCUAUAUCCCUAUAUACUCUAUGUAAUCUAUAGUAGGAUGGUUGAUAAAUUCCUACUACAAUUAUUUGUCUCUAACAAAUUGUUUACUCUCAAUUUAAUUGUGUACGAUAAAUAUAUAUGUCCUCAUUCAAUUAUUACUUUAGUUGGUUUAUUUUGAUUUAUUUGAAUUUUAACAAUUAUAUAUGUAUAAAUAUAAUUAUAAUUUUACGUAUAAAAUACGUAUAUAAUAGCUGUUUUUAACGGAUAUAUUAAUGGCUAUAUAACGGCCGCAAUCUUAAAUUUUUUCUAUAAAUACAUCAUUCCUAAAUCUCAUGUACACACCUUCACAAUAUUCUCCUUCUUCCUCUUCUAAUUUUCUAAGAAAAAAAUGUCUUUACUUUCUCUCUUUUGCAUGA